GAUGGAACAGAAAUUUGUUCAUUUCAUCAAAUUUAACGGUUACUUGAUAGUGGCCCUGGUUUGCUACUGUUCGUUCGUCCGAACGGUCGAGUGGCUGGCGCUGCUACAGUCCUGGUACCAGUAUCCGAGUCAGCUAGGCUGGUUCCGGCGGGAUCAUCCUAUCGUCGCCGGAGUGCUGCUCCUUGGUUGGAUCACCGUCGCUGCCUUUCUCUAUCAGGGACUGAAUCUGGAGGUUGAAGCGUUCGUCCUACCGAUCGGGUACCUAUUCGCGCUGGAAAUGCUGAUCGUUGCGGUGCAGGACGUGAUCAGCACAUGGAACGAUGAUGCCGAUGAGCGCUUUUUGCGCGACGGGCAGGAUGUUGUGAUGUGGGGUGUGGCGGUCGUAUACUUCUACUACACACUCUACAUCCUGCGGAGACUGUUCCGGAGUCGGCAGCGUGAAGCUGGCCUUCCCUCAGUGACAGUAAUACCAGAGUACUCCGCCACCAGGAAACCGAUUUAUCCACUCGCCGUGGUGCAGUAGAUGCAAGCACACCACAGGCGAAAAGACGGAAGCAACGGCAACCAUAUCUUCCUCCCAAAAACAAACGUAUAUCAAAGUCUGACCCUAACCUUCGCGGUCUUCUUGGCAGUCAUGGGUUCUUUAUCGAUGAAGGUAUCGGAAAGCGCCUUUCAACUUGACGCCGCAGUCAUUAGAUAGCAAAUUUUGGGGAGCCGCAAUGGAGCCACCACACUCGCGGUCUCCGCUUUCGGAGCUGAUAAUGAUUGGUGUAAAAUCAAUAGAUAAGUGCGCGUGCGGUGCACUUGGGGGAGUGAUGGCAAAGUGAAAUGAGCUGUUCGACAGUCGAGGUGUUAGGUGAAGGAGGACCCUGCUCGGUGACGGUUAUUCGUCAAUCAGUUCGAUGAUUCGCUGCGGAAAUGGCGUGUGCUCCUCAUUGUUACGCCCGGUGUCCGGCUGACAGAUGAUUGACUUGAAUGUGUCAAGGUGUCUAAUUCAGAAGUACUUCAAGUGAUGCGAUACCUCUUGAUUAACAGCGUACGAGUAAGACGAAUGAGGGGCUCGUUCCAAUCGAUUAUUACUUAAUUACAACAUAGCUGAUACGAUGCGAUACAGCGGAGGGCUCGAAUAAAUAAUGUACAUAUUAAUUAGUUAAUCUUUGGCCGUUGUGUGAAUGAUUGAAUAAACAUCGAAAU